AUGUUCACGAAGAAGGAUUUUGAACAUGUCCAGAUUCUUGAAAGGAAUUUUCUGUGCUCAUACCACAUAGUAAGGUACCAAUUAUAUGACAAUCCAGAAAACGAACAGUCAAAAAGGACAAAAUUUUGCCGCGGCUUAAUACGCAAUGAAGGAUGUAUAAAAGAGUUUUUCUUUAAAAGGUUAUUUGAAAGAAACAGCCUCAAACUGUCACAGUUCCACGUUUAUUUUAUGGUCAGAAUCAUGAAAAAGAAAAAAAUGGUUAACUAUGACAAAUUAAAACUUUUGAAGCAAGAGUUUGAUGUCCGACGAAGUAUAAGGCAUACUUUUUUGAUCAACUUUGUCUGUUCGUUUCAGGAUCUCAAACAAGUGUAUUAUAUUACUGAGUUGGCAUUGGGUGGAUAUUUUUUCUAUUACCUAAGGGAUAGGAAAUACUUGUCUAGUGAUGAGGCGGCCUUUUACAUAGCAGAAAUUAUUAUUGCGAUACAAUAUCUCCAUCGAAAGAGAUUAUUGUAUAGAUCGUUGUUUCCUAAUACUGUAAUGUUAAGCGAAACGGGCCAUAUUAAGUUAAGAUUUGAUUUUCUUAACAAACAGGGUUUGGAACUGAACGAUUUCGAAAAUCAUAUUCAGUACAUUUCAAUUGACUAUAUCAGUGGUGACUUUGUCAGGUCUGAUAGUGAUUAUUGGGAAAUAGGCGUUAUUUUGUAUGAGAUACUCACGGGGUACAACCCGUUUCUUGGCAAUAGUUUUAUCGACACCCGAUAUAACAUCCUGUACAAGCCCGUCGAGUUUCCUGAAUCGUUUGACCUGUCCGCCAAGGAUUUGAUACAAUCGUUGUUGAAACGCAAUAGAAAAGAACGGCUAGGUUAUAUGCCAGCUGAUGCCAAAUUGAUUAGAAAUCAUCCGUUCUUUAGAAGGCUGGACUGGGAUGCCAUGGAAGAGUGCCGGGUACCACCACCAAUAGCUAUAAAAACCGAAUUUGAGUCUUCGAAAACAUCACGAAGUUUAGACGACAUGUUCGACUUUAACUAUCAUCAUGAUCAGACUGACGGUUACGGUGAGGCGUUCAAAUUUUACGGAGGCGGACAAUUCAAAAAAUACAAGCCAUGGUGAUAUUUUAUUAAAACACAUAUCGGAUACAAAACCAUUUCCAAAUCUCUGCGUGAUAUGGAAAUAUAAAAUGCCGAAUAUAGAACUGUUCUUAAAUUAUUCUGGAUUAAGGGGUGAGAGUGCCAGAUUUAUUCGAAAUACGUCCGAACAAAUACAUCCGUAUGAUAACCUGAUAGUUUGGAUAGUACUAAGAGCGUUUAGCAGCGAAUAAAAUGUGUUCUGUUGCAACAACGUUGCUCUGAUCAUAAGGGAAGAGUGAUACUUGGGAUAGAAACAUGCUAGGCAGUCUAUCACAAUAAUAGAUAUGUAGAACAUCCAUGUAUAAUUAACUGUAUCAUGGUUAUUCUAAGAAUGAUACUUGCUUAUCGAUAAUUACUACCUAGAAAACGAGGAAUGUGUUCUUGGUUCACAAUUAAUAGCGAAUAAACACAAACAAUUUAUAUCAAACCUGUCGGUUUAACCACUUACCGAUUAACAUAAACAAAAAUUGAAGUUUAAAUACAAAAAUACGCACAUAUUUAGAGUUCUUCAAUAUGCAAGUACUUUUUAAAGAAUACAAGAGUUUUGAACUAAUAUUCAUUAA